ACGACUAACAAAUUAAACAUACCGCUGGUCCCCGGCCUCGAAGGUGCCGCCGCCCGCCGCGAGCUCGUGCUCCGCGAUCUUCGCGCGCGCGCGCACGGCGUCGUUCUCGCGGUGCUUGACCAUGCGGUUCUUGUGGUGCGCCGCGGCCCGCUUCGCCUGGACCUCCUGGGCCCGCGCCAUGGCGCGCAGCGUCGCGCCGACGAGGUCCCGGUCGUACUUCACGGGCCGGUUCCGCCGCUUCUCGAGCUCGAAGGUCGGGUCCACGGCCAUCUCCUUGCCGCGCACCUUGCGGAAGGCCUUGGUCCAGCGGACUUUCCGCGGGUUGCGCUUCAGAUUAAAGUUCUUGUGGCAUUUCGAGCGGCAGAAGUGGAACUGCGGCGGGGGACGUACGCGUGAGACGUUGCUCCUCGGCGUGUGUGAUGAUGUGACCGAUACGUGAUUCGAACACGUAACCUUCAGGACUGGAAUCUGACGCGCUGCCGUUGCGCCAAUCGGUCUCUCACAUAAGUGUGUGUGCGAUGGAGACGCCUGACCGAUACGUGAUUCGAACACGUAACCUUCAGGACUGGAAUCUGACGCGCUACCGUUGCGCCAAUCGGUCAAAGGGUCUCCAUCGGUCGUAACCACGGCGGGACUCGAACCCGCAACCCCCAGAUUAGAAGUCUGAUGCGCUAUCCAUUGCGCCACGCGGUUGAAAGUAAAGGAGCGGACGCCGCCGCGGUACCACUUUGGCGUCGUUGCGCGCGAACGCGAUGCCGUGGCCGGGGUAGAUCGGGCUCGAGCAGAAGUGGCCUGCGCGAGGGGGCGAACGCGUGAGUUGCGGGCAACUCAGUCCGGGCGCGCGCGCUCUCCGGCCGCCAAGGAACUGACCGAUACGUGAUUCGAACACGUAACCUUCAGGACUGGAAUCUGACGCGCUACCGUUGCGCCAAUCGGUCGUUCGUUGUGUGUGUGCGAUUGGAGACGUGACCGAUACGUGAUUCGAACACGUAACCUUCAGGACUGGAAUCUGACGCGCUACCGUUGCGCCAAUCGGUCGGUCUCAAUCGGUGUAACCACGGCGGGACUCGAACCCGCAACCCCCAGAUUAGAAGUCUGAUGCGCUAUCCAUUGCGCCACGCAGUUACAGUGUGAAGGCGGAGUGCUUUUGGACGCGGUUCGCGGACAUUUGCCGAUCCGCAUGGUUGCUGCGGCGCCGGCGCGCUGCGCUUAUUCAGCGAAGUGCUUGCCCUCGCUGUUUGUGGGCUAGGCGAGGUCAAAUCGCGCCGCGCUUGCGGCAGGAAUGCACGCGCGGGCGCGGUUGGCAGUGAUAAGCUGCGCUUUGUGUCUGGCGGUGGCUCCGCGACGCUGUAGCGCGAGGGCAAGCUGGCGAGUUUUGCC